AUAGCUUACCUCUCCCACUCCGCUUCCUCGACACGAGGACGUUCCUCCCCCUUUCUCACUAUAAACACACCCAUUGAUUUUACCGAGGGAAGACCCGACUCAACCGAGCGCACCGUAUGCACUAUCGACAUAGAACUCCUAUAGGAUCAGAAGCAAGUCUGGAGUCAGUCCGCGAGCGCAAACGUUUAUCUGUAUUCCUUCAAACUGGACGGAACGACGAAUGUUGAACUGGAGAUCUCAUCACUGAACGACACAUUUAGAUGAGUCGCGUCCAUUGACAUCUAUAUAGGGAUAGAACUAUUGUCCAGAUCCUUUCCAAAUAAGGCUAUUCCUUUUUUGAAGAACCCAAGACGCGCAUUCUCCCAAGCACAAGUGGCUUGCUUGAACCAGCAUCGUGGCUACUCUUCCAGCAGUGGCAUGUUCGAGGGAUAAAGCAGACAAAAUUGAACUCCUACUUUCACCCAAAGAGGAUUCAAUGAAAAUGUCUGUGUGCGUCCAUGAGAACCGCAAGUCGCGUGCCAGCACUGGCUCCAUGAACAUCUACCUGUUCCACAAGUCAUCGUACGCCGACAGCGUCCUAAUGCACCUGAACACACUGCGGCAGCAACGUCUCUUCACCGAUGUCCUCCUCCACGCCGGGAGCCGCUCAUUCCCCUGCCACCGUGCUGUGCUGGCUGCCUGCAGCCGCUACUUCCAGGCUAUGUUCUCUGGAGGUCUCCGGGAAAGCCAGGCCAGCGAGGUUGACUUCAGGGACUCCAUCCACCCUGAGGUCCUGGAGCUGUUAUUAGACUACGCCUACUCCUCUCGCGUGGUCAUCAACGAGGAGAAUGCAGAGUCUCUCCUGGAGGCCGGGGACAUGCUGGAGUUCCAGGACAUCCGGGACGCCUGCGCCGAGUUCCUGGAGAGGAACCUGCACCCGUCCAACUGCCUGGGCAUGCUGCUGCUGUCCGACUCCCACCAGUGCACCAAGCUGUCUGAGCUCUCCUGGGGCAUGUGCCUCAGCAACUUCCCCGCCAUCUGCAAGACAGAGGACUUCCUGCAGCUCCCCAAAGACAUGGUGGUGCAGCUCCUGUCCCACGAGGAGCUGGAGACAGAGGACGAGAGACUGGUCUAUGAGGCCACCCUCAACUGGGUCAACUACGACCUGGAGAGGAGGCACUGCCACCUGCCGGAACUGCUGCAGACCGUCCGCCUGGCACUCCUCCCUGCCAUCUUCCUCAUGGAGAACGUGUCCACGGAGGAGCUGAUCAACGCCCAGUUAAAGAGCAAGGAGCUGGUGGACGAGGCCAUCCACUGCAAACUGAAGAUCCUCCAGAACGACGGGGUGGUGAACAGCCCCUGCGCCCGGCCCAGGAAGACCAGCCACGCCCUGUUCCUCCUGGGAGGACAGACCUUCAUGUGUGACAAGCUGUACUUGGUGGACCAGAAGGCCAAGGAGAUCAUCCCCAAGGCGGACAUCCCCAGCCCCAGGAAGGAGUUCAGCGCCUGCGCCAUCGGCUGUAAGGUCUACGUGACCGGCGGGAGGGGCUCGGAGAACGGUGUGUCCAAAGACGUGUGGGUCUAUGACACCGUGCACGAGGAGUGGUCCAAGGCAGCGCCCAUGCUCAUCGCCCGCUUCGGCCACGGUUCAGCCGAGCUGAAACACUGCUUGUACGUGGUUGGAGGACACACGGCCGGCACCGGCUGCCUCCCCGCCUCGCCCUCGGUGUCCCUGAAACAGGUGGAGCAGUUCGACCCGGCAGCCAAUAAGUGGACUAUGGUGGCGCCGCUGAGGGAAGGCGUGAGCAACGCGGCGGUGGUCAGCGUCAAGCUGAAACUCUUCGCCUUCGGCGGCACCAGCGUCACCCACGACAAACUUCCCAAGGUGCAGUGCUACGAUCCGCAGGAGAAUUGCUGGAUGGUUCCCGCCUCCUGCCCGCAGCCCUGGCGCUACACUGCCGCCGCCGUCCUCGGCAAUCAGAUCUUUGUGAUGGGCGGGGACACAGAGUUCUCGGCGUGCUCGGCCUAUAAGUUCAGCAGCGAUACCUACCAGUGGACUAAAGUGGGAGACGUGACGGCUAAGAGGAUGAGCUGCCAGGCCGUAGCGUCAGGAAACAAACUGUAUGUGGUGGGGGGCUACUUUGGCACACAGCGGUGUAAGACUCUGGACUGUUAUGACCCGACGCUGGAUGCUUGGAACAGCAUCACUACCGUACCCUACUCCCUCAUCCCCACUGCCUUCGUCAGCACCUGGAAACAUCUCCCAGCCUGACCUGUAUGGCAUUCUGGGAUAGCCCCACACCUCCAUCCCAACCCCCCUCUCAUGAGAUUUCUCUGUUUUGCAUCAUCCACUGGAUUUCAGCUGUGAAGAUAGAAUCACACUCUUUAACUUCCUGUCUGUGCAAUAAAAAAAAGACUUUCUAAUUGUCUUCAUGAAAAAAAACUGAACCAUUGUAUAAGUGUGAAAACACACCUUGAUCCACCCUAAUGCUACUGUGAGUUUACAGACGUUUAAAGAACCAUCAAUGCUCCUGAGAGGACCUUGUACACAGAAUGAUGUCAAUGAUGUCAUAUCGUUUCUGAGAGAGAGGUUUGGACGUUAUUCAUGCAAACAAACCCAGCAACCUGCUGCUUGUACUGUACGAUCCAACAACCUGCUGCUUGUACUGUACGAUCCAACAACCUGCUGCUUGUACUGUAAAAUCCAACAACCCCCUAAUCCCAGUGUACUAUCGGCAUACCGCGCCUGUGCUUCUCAGCCUUCCAUGAAAGACCCAUCAACAUAUCAGUCAGUUACACACUCACACAGCCUGGAUUUCUUUCCAUUCAAUCAUGAAAUACUUGUACUACAGACUAUGUCUUUGCUCUUCUCACUCUGAUAAUUCUGUGAUCUGCACAGGGCCUUUAAUUGAAUAGCAUGAAGGAGGACCUGUUUGGACAUAGGAUACAUAUGAGGGGAGAGAGGAAAGUGACCAGAGACGGACUCCUCUUCAGCUUGAUUAUAACCAACUGAUCCAUCAACAGUUUUCUCUCCCUGGUGUAUCUGAGACUUUAGACUCUUCUAGUUCCAGUCGUUCUGCCCUCGCCAAGAGGAGAGAGACAGAGAUUGACAACCUCCUCCCCUCCUCUUCCUGUCCCCACCACCUAGUAGGCGUUUGGGGUUUAAAACGUUUUAAUGGGUGUUGGAAGUUCCUCUUUGGCAGUUUGCUGUGAGACCUGGCUCUAGCUGUCACUACGUGUUGUGAGGACUUGAAGUGCCAGCACCAGCUGAGUGCGAGAGCGGAGUUUGGGAGAGGGUGAAGGAGGGUCAAGUCCUGACAUGUCUACCGAUAUAAAGUUACCACCCCCUUUAGCCCUGCCUCCCCCAACCCCAUUCUUGCAGUAGGUCACUACACUCUCCUGAUCCAAAAUAACAAUAAUCCAAGAAGAGAAGUGGACAAUGCAACACAGAAGUGAAGAAAAUGCUAAUCCAAGCUCAGUUGGACACUAAGGGCUCGAUUCAAUCUGUAGCGCUGAAUAUCAGGAUUACAGCGUGAUUGAAAAUGAAAGGCAAUGUUUCCACGUUCGCGGAGACUGCAUUCACGGUAAUAGCUGCAUGUCGGCUCAAUCGGAAAUGACCUUUAAAAUGUUAAGCUUCCUGUACGGAUUGCAUCCAGCCCUGAAGGGUUUGCUCUUGCACACUAUUUACUGUUUGUUCUGAAGUCAUUCCAAUGAGCAGUAUUGUUUUGUUGGAUCACCGAUGGAUAGAUGUUCUACUUUGCCUAGAAGAUUAUUCUGAACUCUUCAGAGCAUGUACCAUGGAUAUGGGGACUCAAGUAAGAUUGGCAUGAUGAACUUCUCUGGUCAAGAGCAUCUUGUUACCUUCCUAACCAAAACUGAAAUGGAAUACAUUCUUGUCUUAUCUUGCUCCAGUGUAUCAUGUCUUAAUUUAUACAAAAAUGACUUUACUUUUUUUAUUGUUUCUCUCCCUGCAUUCAUUUCCAGGUAAAUGAAUGUAGAUCUUUUUAAGGGUAAAUCAUGCAUGACCCUUGUUAUAGAUGCUCUAUUUUAUUGUUUAUCCUUUGGUCUGCUUUUUUUGCACUGUUCAGUUUCUCCCAAAGUGCAACCUGUUCCAACCAUAUGGUCAGUUAGGUGAACAGGUCAGAGGUCUGGGGAUAGGACUUAGUGUAGGGAUGGACACUUAGAUUACCUAGAUUGCAAGUGGCCUGUGGGUGGGCCUUGCUUAGAGAAUGUGUCUGUUUUAGAGGUGGACUCUGGGUAGAGUAACAUCUCACAUUUAAAUGUUGACUCUGCUAUGAGGCAUAUCUGCUCAAGUCCCACACUCAAAUAUUCAAUAUUAUGACUUGAGAUGAGCGUAUGUAGCUCAGACUUCUGUGUACAUCAUUUAUCAAUGUCAACGGGAGACUUGCAUGAAAAAUACAAGCUAAGCAUGUAGAUCUCAAGUCAGAAUAUUGCCAUUUUAGUAUAGUGUGCGUGUGAAGAUGAGGAGGAGGAAGAGGAUGUGUAGUUAACUGAAUCCUGUACAUUUAAAGGGCAGGCAGACACCGCAGUGCUCUUCACCAUAUGGGCACUGAUGUAUGGGAGGGAAUAUGACAGGGGAGAGUUCCAAAGACCAACAAAAAGAAUGUCUUAAAUACUUGCAUCCAAAAUGUUGUAUCAGUAGUUGAUUUCUUGAUGUUUUUGUCUGUUUGUCUGUCUGGGUGGCCAGAAUAUUGACAUGUACAGUUUAGCAUGAUGAAAUCAUUGUCAAGGUCAACAUAAAAGCUAACAGUUGUAUAGAUUUUCCCAGGCAGGAUGUGUUCUGGAUGGAUUCGGGGAAUGGCCUCAAUCCCUUGUAUUCCACAUUCCUGUUUGAUUAUUUGAGCCACCCACCUCCCAGUCCUCCUCCCAGCCCAACUUCCACCUCCCAGCCCAGCUCCCAGCCUACCUCCCAGCCCAACUCCUAGCUCCCAGCCCACCUCCCAGCCCACCUCCCAGCUCCCAGCCCACCUCCCACCUUCCAGCCAUUCUCCCAGCCCACCUCCCAGCUCCGAGCCCACCUCCCAGCCCUCCUCCCAGCUCCCAGCCCACCUCCCAGCCCACCUCCCAGCUCCCAGCCCACCUCCUAGCUCCCAGCCCACCUCCCACCUCCCAGCCCACCUCCCAGCCCACUUCCCACCUCCCAGCCCACUUCCCAGCUCCCAGCCCAGCUCCCAGCCCACCUCCCAGCUCCCAGCCCACCUCCCACCUCCCAGCCCACCUCCCAGCUCCCAUUUGCUCCUUGAUGUCGACCCCCUAACCAACCCGCCCACAGAACACUGCACGUUUCUCCUCACCAAUCAGAUAAGAGGGUUCCUUUUAGAACAUAAGUUACCCUGGCAACGGUCAGCAGUGAGUGCCCCUACAAUUUACAAGUGAUUGUUCAGUGUCAUUUUCUUCCCUCUCUCAUUUCUCUUUUUGCCCCCUCUCUCCUCCCCCUUUAUUGGGAUUCAGCUCGCUUACGUCCGCUUACGUGUAGUGUGUUCUCCCUGACUGGCUUGCUGUAGGCAUUCACCAAAAUUAUGUAAAAUUCUUUAUAAACACUUUCAAUGUGCAUUUGCUUUCAUUUUUUCUGUCAUGUUUUAAUUUUUUUAUAACAUUGUUUUGUACAUGUGACAGAUUUUUUUUCACAGUGUGAAAUUCAUUGCAAAAUAAAUGAGUUUUUCCUCUUUACUGUAA